UGGCCCUGCCCAUGCGGAAGAGGAGCCCCAUGGCUGUUUACCCAUCUAGCAACUCUGUCUUGUUUGACACCGUGCCUGACACAACAGGCUUCUCCAACAGUGUCACACUCAAGGGCUUCACCAUGAAGAUGGAGGAAGUGUUGGAGGCUAAGUGUGAGCCCUCUGACGACGCCCCUCCUCAGGGCGAGCUCGGGAUCCUCAGCGUGAACUCUCUGAGGCGCAGCGUCAGCCAGGUGAUUGACGGCAAGUCGCUCACAGACGAUGGAACGUGGGACCCAAACAUUUCAGGACAUGACAGUGGGAUGGUGAGAGACCCUGAAUAUACAAUAAUAAUUGAUAAACUGUAUGUUGCUAGGAUACAUCAUAUAGAGAAAGUGGAGCAAGCCCCUGAAACAAGCAAAUACAUUCUAAAUAGAAUACAACCUCUACUCUCCUCUCUGAUAGUUUAUGGAAGAUGAGGAGUUUGUCGACACCGUCAAAGGUUUCAGCACCGUGAGGAAGGAGCACACCAUGUUCACUGACACGAACCUGUGACCUGACGACGACCUUUGACCCUCACAAGAAAACACGACCACAGGGUCACAUUAAAUCCACCCUGUUUUGUCUCCAACCCCGGAGUUUAAAGUGUCGGAGGUCACAGCUGAGCACUGAUAUCUGAAGGAAGAGGACGUACACAUGAUCCGUGAUGAGACUGUUGGAAUAACGGUGGAAACUAACAGAAGACAGAAGUGAGAAACGUUAAAACGGUGCUGACGUUUCAACACAACAGGACAAAGAACAUUUCUACAGAGUGGAAAGAGGUGGAACCUGCUUUCGUGGGAAUCUCUAGUGAAAAAAAAAGCUUGAAAUUUGUAUUUCUCUAAUCGAAUAGAGACUCUGAGCACGCACAGAAAAAGACAAAACAAACCAAAGAUAUAGUGGAAGAAGCAGCAGAACAUAGUUAUGUAUUUGAGUGUUUUAAUAGUUUUUCCCUUGCAUGAGAGAGUAGUUAUAUCUGAUCUUUUUUUGAGAUGCAUUCUUAAUUUAGGGACUUCUUCAAUAUUCAAUUGGCGUUUUUGAUCAUAUUCAAAUCUUUGGAAGCUUGAAUCAAUCUUGUGACUGCAGCUUGCAGGUGCCAUGAAGGUCGGCAAGUGAGACGACCAUGUACACAGAAGGUGUAAUUCCCUGGUUAGCGUGGACCUUGAUCACUGAGCAGCUCCAACACAAAAACCUGACUGAUAUGUACCUCUCCAUAUGAUCCAUAUGAAAACAGCUAAUGGCCCCCAGUAGAGAGCACCCGUCCCUUUAAAUUCAAUCAAGCUUUUUUUAAAGAAUCUAAAUCCAUGAAUUAUUUUCUUGGAAAUGUUAAAGAAAGUAAUGAAUAAAUUCUUGGAUGUGGACCAAAUGUGAAGGAGUCUUCCCUGUCCUAUGCUACAUCCUCCCACCGAGUUUUGUGGUAAUCCGACCUAACCACCCAACCAACAGUCAGGGGUGAAAACAGAACUUUGUUGGUGCAGGUAAUAAUUGGGAUUCAGUAUUCAGGCAAACAGUCUCACGGAAAAGUUAUAAAGUCCAGAUGAAAGACUUUCAUAUCAAUUCAAUAAAAAAUGAGAAAAUCAGCAACGUUCACUCUCUCAACUCUUUUAAAAUAUGCAAGGCUUUAGAAUAUUAAUUGUUGUGCAAAUGAUUUUUUAAAAACCUUCAUUGAAAUUAACUGCUGCUUCAACAGCUGACAUCCACUGAUGAGAGAAUAACAUCAGUUAAGUAAACAGUAUUCACUAUGACGACAGUAUAUUGUGCUUCACUAAACAGGUCAGCAAAAACAUCACAUUUAUUUCAUUAGAAUAAAAACUGGAAGGAUAUCUGACAAUUGAAAUAACAUUUUCAGUUAAUUUCCUGUUUAUAUAAAAAGAGAUGACAGGCCCCAAACAAUGCUGAGUGCCUGUGUGGAGUAUCCAGUCAGAGUGUGUGCUGUGAGCAGCAUGGGUCGGAUGCAUCCAAAUAAAGUUAAAACGGUGGAGACAGUGAGUCUGAAGUUCCUGCACAGAGCCAACAGAACCACUGGUGCAGCAUGGACGAGGGCCAGGACGGUCACAACAACAUACAGAGAACAUUGGCAGAGUUCAGACACGACACGCAGCACAGACUGGACCCACUUGAACCAUUUGACAGAUCUCCCUCCUCUUCCUCCACAUGGAAGAGAGCAGCUGUUGUUUCUCAAGGUCUGUGAUGAAGGCCAGGUGGAGCAGCUGAAGACUCCAAGUCGGUCUCGUGAGAAGAGCUCACCUGCCAGUGUCAGCCGGAGAAACGCAUUCAUCCUCAGCAUGGCUGACAGGUAAAAAUGAAUUCCGCUGGUGAAGGCGAGCGCAGUUUUCAGAAGGAUUUCAUUGCACAGAGUCACCACAACAAUGGCUUCACAAGCAGCUGCGGAGUAAUUGCAAACAACGGCCACGGCUCCCAGCAAUCUCAGUCUCCAUUCUCCAACUGUGGGGAGCAUUGUGGGUAAUUUUUCAUCUAUAAAAUGAAUUUCAGAUAAAAUCCCUCUGUGCAGCAGCAGCAGGUCGUUCACUGAAACCAAAGCAGCACGGCAGCUUCAAUCAAGGUGUCCUGAGUGUGAGUGAAUAACCAUGAGCAGGUGACCUUAAUUGAUGCUCACACAUCAGCCUGUU